AUGUACACGCUGUCGGUGGGCCUCUACGAGCAGUUCUUUGCCAAACAGGACUAUUUUGUCGUCAUCAUAGGGCUCGAUAAUGCCGGGAAAACGACGCUACUCGAGCAAAUAAAGGCAAAGUUCAUCCGUGACUAUGGCAUGCUCAACCCAUCCAAGAUCACGAGCACUAUCGGGAUGAACGUCGGAAAAGUGGAGGUUGGGCAAGUGCGGCUGAACUUUUGGGACCUUGGAGGGCAGGAGGAUCUGCGGGAAUUGUGGGGCACCUAUUACGCGGAGGCAAGCGGCGUGAUAUUCGUUGUCGACGGGACUCGCAGAGAUCUUUUUGGCACGGUUGCGUCUUGUUUUAGCGAGGCGAUGAAAUCCGAAUUCGUGCAACGAAUACCGGUACUCGUGGCAGUCAACAAGAGCGAAUUGGAUGGGGCGGUGUCGGCGAAUGAAGUUCGGCAACUACUGUCGGAUGACGAACACUGCUCGGACCUGGCUGUGCUUCCCGUUUCGGCGUUAGAAGGCCAUAAUAUUGACCGAUGUGUGCGGUGGCUCGUCCGUUCGCUCCAGCAGACGGAUCGGCGACUUGAACUG